AUGGCUAGAGAUGUACUUGCAAUCCCGAUUUCUACUGUUGCAUCUGAAGCAACUUUUAGUGCCGGGGGUAGAGUUAUUGAUCCAUAUCAAGCUUCAUUGGGGUCCGACACGGUACAAAUGUUGAUUUGCGGAGGAGAUUGGAUUAGGCAAGUUCAUGGAGUCAAGAAAAAAUUAAAGAAGGAGGAGUUUCCUAUUGAGGUUUUACUGCCUGAGGUGAACACAAAGUUUUGUGUAUCCGAGGAGUGA